AUGCCAAACGACGAUCUCAAGGCGCACGCCGCCUCAAAUCAAGAUUUCUACGCUCUGCUAGACAUCCAACCAGCAGCCACCGAAACAGAGAUCCGCCGCGCAUACCGACGCACAGCUCUAAAGUACCACCCAGACAAGAUCAAAAACCCCACCGCGGCAGACAUCGACAAAUUCCAUGUCCUUCAGAUUGCCUACGAUGUCCUCUCAGACGAGUCAGUGCGACAGCUAUACGACAAUGCGCGCGAAGCGCGGAUGCGCAAACAACGCGAGCGGGACAUGAUGGGAGCGGCGAAACGGAAGAUGCGCGAAGACCUAGAAGCGCGGGAGCGGGCAGGCGCCGCUGAAAUGGGUGGCUUCGGCGUCAAGCAGGGUGUUAAGAGAUCAUGGGCGACGGGUGGGGAUGAGGACGCGGAAGAGAAGCUCCAGCGGGAGAUUGACCGGAUUGCAGAGGACGGGCGGCGGAGGCGACGCGAGGCUGAGGAGAAGGCUAAAAAGGAGAUUGAUGAUGAGAAUAGGAGAAUCCAGCAGCAGGAAGAAGAGGCUCGCAAGGCGGCGGACCGGAGUAGCCAGCGCGUGGACCGUUCGAAGGAAGGUGGCGAGCAGGUGCCUGAGCUCGAGCGUGCGGUGAAAGUGCGCUGGGUGCGGGAGGGUCGUGGGCUGGAACUCGAUAUUGAAAAGCUGGCGGGUUUGUUCAAGCCAUUUGGGAAAAUUGAGAAUACCAUUGCGCUGAAGGACAAACGCCAACGGAUCGGGGAGAACAAGGAAAAGAAGACUGUUGCCACGGGCGUGGUGGUUUUCACAUCUAUUGUGAGCGCCCACACUGCCGUUCUCGAUAGUGAGAAGAAGAUUCGUCAACAUGCUGGUCAAGAUGACGAAUGGGGUCUUAUCGAGUCUGUCUUCUGGGCUACCGGUACCCAACCUGACCUAGGCCCCGAUACAUCAUCCAAGCCUGUCCAGGCCGAGCCCGCACCUGCACCCGGAGGACCCUCUGUCGACACUUCCAGUAGGCCUGCUAAACCAUCAUUCAACUUCCAGGGCUUGAAAACAGCCCCCAAAUCCGAUAAAGCGCCGUCGUUUGGCUCAUUUGCUUCUGCGUCUGCUGCCCCGAGUGCAGCCUCAUUCAAUCAAUCCACUAAGUCUCCAGCCGCACCUAGUCUACAGGAAGUGAUGAUGAUGCGGCUGAAGAAUGCACAGCGUGAGAAGGAGCGCAAAGCUCUCGAAGAAGAGCUGAUGCGAGAAGAUGAGGCAGCAGAUGCAGCAGAGGCAGCGGCAGCGGCAGCGGCAACGAAAAACACCUAG